GCUGCAUGCUGCUGGUGUCAUUGCUAUGCGGUGGGAGUCUCCUGGUCUGGUCUAGGUGGGUGCAACAUGUCUUAAGUAACAUCCACACGAAUUCCAGGUCCAAAAGUCUCCCAACAGAACAUCGUAUCGUCACAAGACGGUCGACGUUACGUUCACUUCACCUGUCAGUGGUUUUAAUGUCGCGGCUGAUCGGCGCAUAACUCCGCAGAUGCCCAUGUUCAGAAGUGUGCAGGAGCCAAUCACACAGCAGUGCGCUUUAACAGUAAACGCUUGGUUCUUACGAGAGUGACGCGCGGCUGCCUGACCAACAUGCAAAGCAAUGGCGCACAGCAGCAUCGGGGAUUGGGCGAAGGGAGAAGCCCCACCUUUGGGCUGCUUCCUGGUGGCCUAAGCGGUUCACCUGAGGCUUUGUGGAUGUAAAACCUCUGAGCCCUUACAGGUGUGGUUCAGGAGGAGAAAGAGAGGAAGGUGCAUUUCAUCAUGCAGGAGAGGAAAGACACACCUCUGGGAACAUUACAGCCGCAGACACGAUGCCUGCGAUGUGGGGACGUGCUGGAGUGGUCAGAGGAACACAGUGUCCUCAUGGGCUGCUCAUGUUGCGCUACGGUGGAUGAGACUCUGGAAAAUGUAGCCAGGGGCCUGGCCAGCAGGAUGAAGAAGGAGAAGAGUCAAUGGGCGGCGGGACGAGUGGGUGACAUAGACUUCAUUGGCUCAACUAAGAUGAGAGGAAAGUUUGUGAGGGUGCGCAGCAACACAGACCCGGUGCUGAUCUACCAGAUGUUGACAGAAGAGUGGGGCCUUGCUCCUCCGCACCUGGUGGUGGCGCUGGUGGGAGGAGAUGAGCUGGCUCAGAUGAAGCCAUGGCUCAGGGACACUCUGAGGAAAGGGCUGGUGAAGGCUGCACAAAGCACAGGGGCAUGGAUUUUGACUAAUGGCCUUCGAUUUGGCAUCACUAAGCACUUGGGCCAGGCGGUGCGAGAUCACUCCUUGGCUAGCACCUCCUCUAAAGUUCGAGUGGUGGCCAUUGGCAUCGCACCCUGGAACAUGAUACACAACCGAGAGGCACUGCUCACUGCCAAGGUGGAUGAACCUGCAGCGUACUUGCCUCAGGACUUGCCGCACGGGUCAGUGUAUUCCCUGGACAGCCAUCAUUCCCACUUUGUGCUGGUGGAGGAGGAUCCCAACAGACCAGGAGCCACCAGCGAAAUGAGGGUGAAGCUGCUCAAACACAUCUCUCUACAGCGCACUGGAUAUGGAGGCACAGGAAGCUUUGAGAUCCCCGUGCUGUGUCUCCUGGUCCACGGAGAACCGAGGAUCCUGAAGAGAAUGCAUAAAGGCAUUGGCAAUUCGACACCAUGGCUGAUCCUAGCAGGCUCUGGAGGCGUGGCAGACAUCCUUGUCACACUGAUGAAUAGAGGCUGCUGGGAUACGGACAGUGUUCAUGAGCUGCUGCUGGACACCUUUCCAAAUGCCCACCACAGCGCAGACAUCAGUAACUGGGUCAAGCUGAUCCAGAAGGUUCUCGAUAAUGGACACCUCCUUACUGUGCACGACCCUGAACAGGAGAGCUCCGAGCUGGAUACGGUCAUUCUCAAAGCUCUAGUCAAGGCUUGCAAGAGCCAGAGUCAGGAAGCCCAAGACUUCCUCGAUGAACUGAAGCUGGCCGUGGCCUGGAACCGAGUGGAUAUUGCCAAAAGUGACAUAUUUAACGGUGAUGUGGAAUGGAAGGCUUGUGACCUAGAAGAGGUGAUGAUGGACGCGCUGAUCAACGACAAACCGGACUUCGUGCGCCUCUUUGUGGACAACGGCGUGAACCUGGGCGAGUUCCUGACCUACGGCCGUCUACAGGAGCUUUAUUGGUCUGUCUCGGAAAAGAGCCUCCUUCACAACUUGCUCCUCAAAAAGUACGAGGAGAAGCAGAUCCUGCUGGGAGCCGCAAGGACGCCCGGUCCACCUGUUCACCAUCCCCCCGACCAAGGGGACCGGAAACGCUUCACCCUGUACGAGGUCGCCAAAGUGCUGAAAGACUUCCUGCAUGACUCCUGUAAAGGCUUUUACCAAAAGGUUCCCACGGAGAGGCCAGCGAAGGGUCGACUGUUCCACAGCCAGAAGAACCUGGCUGAGUUAGAGGAGCGCUGCGAACAUCCUUGGCGGGAUCUAUUCCUCUGGGCCGUCCUUCAGAACCGACAGCAGAUGGCCAACUACUUUUGGGCUAUGGGCCCUGAGGCGGUCGCGGCAGCGCUGGCAGGUUGCAAGAUCCUGAAAGAGAUGGCACGACUGGAAUCUGAGGCCGAGUCCGCCCGUAGUAUGAAGGAGGCCAAGUACGAGCAGUUUGCCCUUGAUGUCUUCGGAGAGUGUUACUCCAACAGCGAAGACAGGGCUUAUGCUUUGUUAGUGAGGAGAACACACUGCUGGAGCAAAUCUACAGUCCUUAACUUGGCGACGGAGGCCGAUGCCAAAUCCUUCUUUGCCCACGACGGAGUUCAGGCUCUCCUCACGAAGAUUUGGUGGGGGGCUAUGACGACAGACACGGCCAUCUCCAAACUUGUGGUGUCUUUCUUUUGUCCGCCGCUCAUCUGGACCAACCUCAUAAAGUUCAGCGACGAGGAACUUGACAAUCGUAACGGUGGCGAGCAGUUUGUGGAACUGGACAGUCUAGAUACGGAGAAGGCAUUAUUGCUGACCGACGACGAUGACGCUAUGGACUCCUCGCCGAGAGGACCAGCAGCUCAGAGCUGCGCCUCCGUCUGGUGGCGUUUCCUGCUCCGCCGCUGGCGCCGCUUCUGGAGCGCUCCUGUCACCGUGUUCCUCGGGAAUGUCAUCAUGUAUUUCGCCUUCCUCUGCCUCUUCACCUACGUGCUGCUGCUCGACUUCCGCCCACCCCCACCCUUAGGCCCCGGAGCCCCAGAGAUAAUGCUCUACUUCUGGGUCUUCACCUUGGUGCUGGAGGAAAUUCGACAGAGCUUCUUCACUGAUGAAGAGAUGAACAUCUUGAAGAAGUUUAAGCUCUACGUGGAGGACAACUGGAACAAGUGUGACAUGGUUGCCAUCUCACUCUUUGUUGUCGGGGUUUCAUGCAGAAUGGCGACCGACACUUACGAGGCAGGAAGGACGGUGCUGGCGAUAGAUUUCAUGGUGUUUACUCUGCGUCUGAUCCACAUCUUUGCCAUUCACAAGCAGCUGGGCCCCAAGAUCAUCAUUGUGGAAAGAAUGAUGAAGGAUGUUUUCUUCUUCCUCUUUUUCCUGAGCGUGUGGCUCAUUGCGUACGGAGUCGCCACCCAGGCUCUGCUCCACCCCAACGACCCCAGGAUUGACUGGGUGUUCCGUAGAGCCUUGUACCGCCCGUACCUGCACAUCUUUGGCCAGAUUCCCUUGGAAGAAAUAGACGCUGCUCGCAUGCCUGAAAUGAACUGCACCAAUGACUCAGAGGAGAUUAUCCUGGGCCUACGGCCGCCAUGUCCAAAUGUCUAUGCCAACUGGCUGGUCAUUCUGCUGCUGGUUAUCUUCCUUCUUGUCACCAACGUCCUGCUGCUCAACCUCCUCAUUGCCAUGUUCAGCUACACGUUCCAGGUAGUGCAGGGCAACACUGACAUCUUCUGGAAGUUCCAGAGAUAUAACCUGAUUGUGGAAUAUCACAGCCGUCCAGCGCUGGCCCCGCCCUUCAUCAUUAUCAGCCACCUCUCUCAGCUCCUCCUCAGCCUGGUCAAACGGCCUGAGUCCAAGCAGGAGCAUCUUGAGAGGGAGCUGCCGCCAGGACUAGACCAGAGGCUAAUAACAUGGGAGACGGUGCAGAAAGAGAACUACCUGGCUAAACUGGAGCGCCAGCACUGGGAGAGCAGCGAGGAGAGACUCAAGAGUACCUCCUCAAAGGUUCAGAGUUUGCUGAAGAUUGUUGGUGGAUUUAAGGACCAGGAGAAACGAAUGGCGACCAUAGAAGCUCAGGUCAGAUAUUGUGGAGAGGUGUUGUCCUGGAUGGCAGAGUGCUUUGCUCAGAGCACGCUCAAAUGCGGGAAGGAAGCUCCAAGAGCUCCAGUGUCUCUAACAGGUGCCAAAGCAUGCAGCGCCAUGGAGGUACCUCAGGGUCAACCAGAAAAAGAAGAGAAAAAGGAAGAAAUGGAAGCCAAACCAGGCCACCCAGGAUACGGAGCCAACAAAAAAUUUCCAUACAUCGAUGAAUAAAAGUGCAUAGACCACUAAUGACACUAUUAUAUCAUAAGAUUUUAAGAACAUUUUGUAAUAUGAUGAUUAGGGGAAAGUUCAUUUUUUGCUUG